AUGCCUCCAGUUUCACAGUCGAAGAUCACUUCUGAGCUCGUCCAGGAGAUCAUCAAUGAAACCGAGCAAAGGGACGGAGAAUCGACGGAGGCGAUUGUAAUCAUCGACCACAAGGAGACACCAAUCUCUAGGUACGACAAAGAUAGGAAAGUCUUCCUUCGCGAAGAUGGAUCUUCAAGAUCCAUCUCUGCGAAAAAAGUUCAGUUCAAUCGACUUCAAGCCUUCCGUGAACGAUAUGAGAUCAUAAACCAGCGCGUCAUGCGGAACGAGAUCUUCGAAAAGAAGAAGUUCGUUCAAGACUCGACUUAUCAGGAGAUUUCCAGCAUUACCAGCCUGCGUCGAAACCCUGGACAGUCUUCUUGUGUACUGGGACUUCUGACACAGCCCAAAGAAGGAAAAUUCCACCUUGAAGACUUGACUGGCGAAAUAGAAAUUGAUCUUUCAAACGCUGAUACAUCUGUUGGAUUGUUUACUGAGAACUGUGUGGUGGUUGCUCAAGGCAUGAUGAAGGGAGACAUUUUUGUGGUCCAGGUGCUCGCAAUGCCGCCCGCCGAAGAUCGCAAAGAAACAUGUAGGAUUUUCCCCACGCUAUCUGUGCCCACCAACAGGAAGCCAUACACGAACGAGGAACUGGAAUCUCUGAGGGCUGAGGAAUCACAGCAAGCAGGGACUAGGGUGAUCGUGCUGUCCGAUGUUUGGUUGGAUAGGGCGAAAGUCAUGAACGGUCUCAAAAUGAUGUUGUUUCGAUACGACUCAGCCUGCAAAGAAGCUGGUGAAGAUUCAGAUUUGUUCUUGAUCUUUGUUUUCAUGGGAAACUUCACAUCUCAACCUGCCCCAAAGAAUUACACGUUGCACCGAGAGUUGUUUGAUCAGUUGGGGACCAUAAUCCAGAGUUUCAAGAACCUUGAGAACAAAUCAAGCUUCAUCUUCAUCCCGGGUCCCAACGAUGUUCUAGGGAGCAACGGCAUGAUCUUGCCAAGGAAUUCGCUUCCAACCGUCAUCACCGAGCCUUUUAAGAACAAGGUUCCAUCCAGCACCUUCACAUCAGAUCCUUGCAGAAUCAAAUUCUACAGCCAAGAGCUCUUGUUUCACCGUGACGACAUCUGUUCCAAGCUUCGUCAGUACAGCAGACGGCCUUCCAAUACCGAGAAGUCAGUCUACGAGCACGCGGCGAAGACAAUCCUGUGCCAGGGCCACCUCUGCCCCCUUCCUCUUCAUGUAGCGCCCAUCGACUGGAACUACGAUCAUGCCUUAAGGAUGUACCCUCUCCCGAAUGUCUUGAUUCUGGGUGACAAAGCCAGCGCUUAUACCAUCACCUUCAAGUCUACUCAGGUUGCAAAUCCUGGAUGCUUUGCGUCAGACUUCACCUUUUACUCUUACGAUCCGUCGAUCAAAGAGCUGGAGCUUUGUGCUCUU